GUAUUUUCUAGGUAGUGGCAGCGAUUGUGACGUUUACGAACCAGCCAAGUUGCCUCCAAGCCAUCAAGCCAAGUUUUGAGUUCAGGCUUUUGUGUGUCGGUCGUCGCGUUUUUCGCGUUUGCGGUCCUUCCUAUUAACAAAAUCUCGAGUUUGUUCAUUUGUUUUGAUUUUGCCGUGUCAACACCCUGCAAAUCAUUUUUGCACCCUUUUGUGCCUAGCAUCAUCCGAGUGCAUUCAAAAUUCAAAUCAGUGCCUUGUCUUAUCGAUGCACCAGUGCAGUUUACACCCGUGAUCGUAUUUUUGUAAUUUUGCGACCCAACAAUCCUUGUAAUAUAUUAUUUCUGUGUUUUCUUUGCCGCGAGCCCUUGCUGGAUUACGUUUGGUCGAGGCGCAUUUGGAUUGUAGCUCCGUGUUUACAAUUCGUUUUUCGUUUGUUAGGAUGGAGUUUGUGAUUACUUCCGGAAUUUCGGGAAAUAUUUACGAGUUAAAUUCGUCGUAAGGCGGUUUACAAUUGUUUCGUGCGUUAAGCGUCAUCCUCACUUGUGGAUAAGUGUGUGUUGUGAUAAGUUCCAAGCUUAUCUCUCAAUUUCCGAGUGAUUAGCUCAGUUGUUUUGUCUCCAAGUUGGAUAUAAAAAGGCCUCACCCUGUUCUGCGUCCAGAAGCAAAGAGAUAACGCUGAUCUCGUCAAAGAUGAGUAUGUGAUGGUCGGGCUCAACAGCCCGGAUGCGGCGGCGACGGCGGCGACGACACCGGGUGCGGGGGGGCCGGGCGGUGGCGGCGGGAGCGGAGGCGGUAGCGCCGGGCGGGGCCGCGGGGGAGCCCGGGAGCGGGCCCUCCAGGCGGUCGACUACUACAACUCGGUGCUGCGGGCCCGCGUCAACUCGGGCAUGACCCACCACCGGAGCAACUCGAGCCUGGAGCUGGUGCACGACCCUCAGGCCGGCCCGGCCGCCGCCCUCCACUACGACCCCCAGAUCCUCGCCCUCAGGCGGGAGUACGGCUCCCACGGCAGCAUUGACGUCAUCGGCGCCGACAGAUUCGGGCACAACCACCCUUCGGGCCCGGGUUCCGGGAGCGAGAACUUCUUCGCCCUGCUGCAGGAGUACAAGCCGGCCGUGCUAGGCCUGGACCGGAGCCGCGGCGGAGGCGGGAAAGGCAAGGACGACGACGGGCGCGGGAGCCUGCGGAGCAAGAGCACGGCCGACUCCCACUCGGAGCCCGGCGACUCCCUCGACGGCACCGGGAGCCCCUCCGGGCCGGAGACCCCCGACUCCCGCGCCGACGCCCGCAACGCCAACUCCUCGCCCAAGCACAAGAUCAAGUUCCACCGAUUCUGGAGCUCCCCCAACAGCAACGGCGUUCAAAGGAGGAGCAAUGGUGGAGAGCGUCUCCAAGAGGAGGACGAGAAGACGUCGAACAGUGCCAACAACAACGAUCAAGCGGUGAUGGGGAACCAGGAUGCCGAGACAGAGGACAAGCAGCGUCGACGAGCAUUCGCCCACUACGACUGUCAGUCCCUAACAGCCAAUCUCGGUUAUGUCGCACGAUUGAGGAGUCUCCUUCUGUCCCGCAGGCGCAACACCACGACAGGAGCUUCGGCUGCCUCCAUGAUCGGUGCGCGGGCUGCCACUCCCGAGGGAGCGGACACUAAUGACGAGGACCUGGGUGAUGGACGCUGUAAUGAUCUCGUUGAAAGCUGUCCUUUCUUUAGAAACGAAAUGGGUGGUGAAGAGGAGCGAGUUGUCAGUUUAACAAGAGUCAACACCAAUGAGUCAUUGAGCAAUGCCAAAAACCGACAUUCCUCUUCGUACCGCUCCUAUCACCGACCAUACCAUCGUCCACCCCUGUCAUACGGAGUGUCGAUUCUCGAAUUUCCCCCAGGAGACACACAUUGGAAACACGGGACUUGCCCAUACCAGAAACACCAUCGAACUAUUGAAAGUGUUGAUCAAGGGGCUUUGUAUUAUCGCCGCUACUUUUUUGGUCAAGAUCACCAAAAUUGGUUCGGAAUGGAUGAAAACUUGGGACCAGUGGCAAUCUCUAUAAAACGGGAACGAGUAAAUCGGUCAAAUGGGGAGAACACAAACAAUGCAACUAGUCCUAAUCAUAUGUUUAGAUAUAGGUUAUUAAUCCGAACCAGUGAGCUUCAAACACUUAGAGGAUCCGUACUAGAAGACUUAAUUCCAAAUCUGAAACCAUCCAGCAGUAACAAGCACAUGAAUACCAAAGAAGUUUUAGAAUAUGUAACCCCUGAAAUCCAGUUAUCAUGUUUAAGGCUAGGAAUGAAUACUCAUCAAACUGAGGAAACCUUACUCAAACUAGAUGAGCAAGGUUUAAGUCGACAGUACAAAGUUGGCGUGAUGUAUUGUCGAGCUGGACAAGCAACAGAAGAGGAAAUGUACAACAAUGAAAACGCAGGACCAGCAUUUAUCGAAUUCCUUGAUUUGAUCGGACGGACUGUUCGACUGAAAGGCUUCGAGAAGUAUAAGGCUGGCCUUGACAAUAAGACUGAUUCCACGGGUUUGUGCUCUGUGUACUCUCAGUAUCAAGAUUGCGAGAUCAUGUUCCACGUCUCAACACUGCUACCCUUCACUCCCAAUAACCGGCAACAGUUAUUGAGGAAACGCCACAUUGGCAAUGACAUAGUGACAAUUGUUUUCCAAGAAGCAGGAGCACUGCCGUUCACUCCAAAAAACAUUCGUUCUCAGUUCCAGCAUGUAUUUAUCAUAAUUCGUGCUAUCAAUCCUUGCUCCGAUAACACGCAGUAUAGGGUUGCUGUCACUAGAUCGAAAGAAGUGCCAGUUUUUGGACCUCCGCUUCCUGAAGAAGCAACAUUCACAAAAUCUAAGCACUUUACGGAAUUUUUACUGGCCAAAAUAAUUAAUGGUGAAAAUGCUGCCCAUAGGUCGGAUAAAUUUGCUACUAUGGCAACAAGAACAAGACAGGAGUACCUGAAAGAUCUCGUCUCUAAUUAUUCGACCAAUACCCUCAUAGAAACCUCUCAGAAAUUUUCUAUGCCUUUAUUUAGUAGUCGCAAGCGUGAACGCUGGAGGCCCAGAAUCGUGCCAGAUGGAUGGGUAAGUGGUGCUCUAUGCUGGGUGGUAACACUUUCGGAUAGUGGACGAGAUACAACAGUACAAUGCAUUCUGGCCAUAUCUGCUGACUCACUUGUGCUGGUUGAAACGCAGACUCGUGACAUCGUUUUCGUGACACCAUGUAAAUCCAUUCUCGGCUGGGCCUCGCAAAGCAACAGCCUGAGAAUCUACUACCACCAAGGAGAAUGUACGACUGUUCACAUGAGAGAAGGAGGAGAUCGAGACGAACUAAUGGAGGUCGUUGUUAGAUUGCGUUCUGUCACUCCAGGAUCACCAGCGCAGGAAUUGACUCUGCGCAGGAACCCGCAGGGUCAGUUGGGCUUCCAUGUUCAGCCUGAUGGCGUUGUCACUCAAGUCGAAACAUCAGGUUUGGCGCAUCAAGUUGGGCUGCGGCAUGGAGCAAGGCUUGUCGAAAUUUGUAAAAUUGCUGUUUCUACUUUAAGCCAUGAUCAGAUGGUAGAUCUGCUGAAAACAUCUUUACUUGUUACAGUCACCGUGAUUCCUCCCCUACCAGAUGGAUCACCAAGAAGGGGCUGUUCUCUGCAAAAUUGCAAGUACACUUCUAGUAACUACGAAGUAGACUACGAGAAUUUAUCCAAUGUUGAAGAUAUGAAAGCUAGUCCCAAAAAAGUUGCUGUGCUUCAGCAAGCUGUUCCAUCUCAUCAUAGACGAAGAUAUGAAAGGAGUUUUUCUCCUCCGAGGUCUAGUAGCAGCAGUGGAUAUGGCACUGGAAGUAGUAGUAAAUCAUUCAGUGGUGUCGACCCAAGAUUUCCAGCCAACCAUGAGGGAACUUUGAUGAGCUGCUCAAGCGGUCACUCAAGUAACAACGAUGACAGGUGGUACGAUCUCCUGGAGCCACCGAUUGACCUGGAUAACCAGUCGGCCAACCACCGAGUCCAGUCUGACCUUAAUGACUCGCCGCCACCCCCUCUGCCAGCCCGCCUCCACUCUACCACGCUCAACAACUCAAACACUAAAUCACCCUACAACAGCAGCCAUACAAAGAUCUACCAAAGCAACUCGUUGCCACUGAGUAACAACAACAGUUUCUCCCUCUCUGUCGCGUCGGGUCUAAAAAACUCGUCCGCGGCCAAAUUCGGAGGAAGUCGCAUCGAUUUCAUGCCGGUGCUCGACAAGAACAUGAAUAACUCCUCUGAUUUGGCGCCCCAUCAGCAUGAUUUCAAGGUCGGCGAGAAGGUCACGACCUGUUUGAUGAGCCCCUCAGAUCGCAAUGAUGAGAUGCAGAGGAAUCUGAAUCACCACAAUGACUCCGUAAACGAGUAUCAUUUGGUGACUAGGAUGCCCAAGGUCUCUGAUUACAAUGGCAGCAGUAUUUAUGCUCAAAUUGAUACAGACAAAUCUGCAAGUCUUCCUCUCAGUGUUUUAUCCAAUGACACAGACAGUGAAAGAGCGCAGAGUGAAGGGAGUGGAACCAUGUCGACCAGCUCUCGAUUCUCAGCAAAAUCAAUGCCAGGGACUCCGUCUAGCCGAGGACAGAGUCCACGUAGACUUCGAGACACUGGUGAAGCACGGUUGCGACCAGAGGUUGCAUCGAGAUCGCCAGCCAAUAGACACAGUGCAAAUCUGAACAGCACCCUCCAGCAAGACCUGAUGAAACUGAUAAGCCCAGAGUAUCUUUCCUCUGAUGACUCAGCUCUGAACAAGUCACAUGGUGGAAAUAUGUCUGGACUAAGCGGGAAAAUUUAUAGUAACGGCAAUAGUGUUUCUCAGAGCACAACCAGUAUCCCAGAUUUGUUGCACCGCUCCAAAUCUCGUGACAACAUUCACAGUAGUGCCAAUUCAACUCUAAGCGGUUCAGCGUUGAGUGUGGCCAGUGAGGUCAUUCUUACCAUGGCUCGCCCGGCCACUGUUAUUUCCAAUGCACCCAGUCCUCAGCCUGGGCCUAUGGAAUCCAAACUCUCCAAAGAAGAAAGACUGUCACCUCGAGUCACAAAGCUGAGUCCUGUUAAAGCAGACCCGAAUCUCGUAGUGUCUCCGGAAUACCGGGAAGACAAAAGAAGCUCCAGCAUGAGAGAGAAACUGUCCAACUCCAUGAUCCAUAUUUCAAACUCAAGCUCUGCCUCAGAUACAGGGAUUUAUGGAGUCAGCACUAGUACGCCCCACAAAAAAAAUGAUGAAAACCUUGGCAUCUGGGUCUCUGAUGUCGCUGAAAAACUUGGAUUAGACUCCUGUUCAAAAAUAACAAAUCGUCAGAUGGUAGAGCUGCAAAAGCACUUAUCGCAGCUAGAGAGUCGCCUGACAAGAGAGACCAAACGCAGGCUGUCUCUGGAAGAUGAAGUUAGAAGCCUGCGGGAUGAAAACCGGAGACUACAAGAAGAAUCUCAAAACACUGCCCAACAGUUCCGUCAGUUCACCAACUGGUUUUAUCAAACGAUCGAAAAACAGCAAUAACUGUCUCUGUGAGUUAGUUUCCUUGUGAAACUUAGUGAAUCGCCCAGCUCUGGAAGGAAAUGUAUCCAUUUUUAGUACAUCGUCAAGAUUUUUCUCCCUCUCGCUCAGAAACAUAAACAUACACUCUCCGAUACCUCUCUGCCAAAAACUCUUUGAAAUUGUGUUAAAAAUAUUUUAACUAGGUUACAUUGGUUCUUAAAGUUUGUUAAUUCAUUUUAAGGUUAACAGAGAGGCAAAACUGCAAGUGUUUUUCUUCUCUUGACGUUUUCAAAUUUAUAUAUACCCUCUUGUAACUGUAUAACUCAAAUGCUCUAAGUCCUCCUUGAGACCCCUAAGUUUUACUCUACAUCCAAUCGUUCAGAGAGGAUUAUGGAAGGUUUUGCCCAACUAUCAGCUUACUUCAACCCUCUAAAUCUUUCAAUUUUCCUUUCCAUACAGUCUCCCUGCAAUGUUAGCUCAUUUUACGAUGCGGAAAUAUUUCAUCACCCUGUAUUUAAGCCAAGAAUUUUUUCAUCAUUUUGCGUUGGGUAAUUCUCUUUUUCCCGAAAUUCCGUGGUAAAAUUCCAAAUGCUCUGUCUAAACAACUCAUGUGUCACAAACCCUUUAGCUGUUCUUCUCUCACGAAUUUCUGCAGUAAUUACCCCAAUCGGGAACAAUUUAGCCCACCUUGUUAAUUUCUCAGGACUUCCAAGAGGACGUUUAAUUUUACUCUCUUCAAUAGCUGUUAUCUAUCAAAUAAAAAAAUAGAACAAGAGGUGACCUGCUCACAAAAAGAGUUAGUCUAUUUUACUAUUGUCAAAAACUAUCUCAGUAAAACCUUGCUAAGUUUGAGUAUGUCAAGACAAAAACCUGACCCUUAAAUUGUUUACCUUGCACUUGUUGCCGUAUUUAUAGGAGCUCUAUCGGGAAUCCUGCUGAUGUAAAAGUUGCUGCUUAGCUCAUAAUUUUCCUUAUUUUGUAUUAAAUAGCACAGCAACCAAGGCAAAUUCUUGCCUAAGUCAAAAUCACUCUCCGUGUUUAGACAAUUAGACUAGCAAGAUUUCAUUGUGUUCCAAGUCUCAUUUCUUUUGAAGUGACCAUAAUUUAAUUUCCUCUCAAUGGCCAAUGAGCAUGACACAAAAUUUCUGGCAUCAGCGCAAUGCAGUAACUGUUGUUAGAAUUUUGUUGGAAUCCAUCCAACCAACUGUAAAUAAUUGUUUACAUUAAUUCAUGGCUCUACACGUUUCAUCAUUCAUCGUUGCAUUUGUUAUUUUUUCAGCCUAAAGAAAAUCCUCUAAGCAUCCGUCCAUGGUCUCUAAUUUCUAUUUUUCAUAAUUAAAUGACUUUAUGUUAUCAUUCUUCCACCUCUAAUUACUCAUGUUUUCCUGAGUUGGUCUUUUAACCCUUGGGUCUUGCAUACUGAUCAUUUUCCACUCAAUUUAUUUCAAUCAUAAAUUCAACAUGGCCUAAUAAUGAGUAUGAUUUUAUUGUAAAAUGAGAGAUCAAAAGAACAAGUAAUGCAAGAAUGGAGGUUUAAAUAGUGGUCAAAAGAAACCCACGGAGCUAAAUAGUGAGAAAGGGUCAAACUCCAAAAUUUCUUACAGCAGUGAGAGUUUAAUUAUUAAUUUUACUUGAUUUUUUGUAUUUUAGUAAAACAUGGUUUAAGCAUGUAAAUGCAGGCAUAGUGGCUACAACUAUAGAAGUAUUUUCCAACAUCUUAACUGUAAAAUUUUUAACGAGAUUCUAUUGAUCCUUUAUAUAAAAUUAGCGACCAGCAAUCCAAGUUCAAUUUUAUUAAUUAAGUUCUGAAUGGAGUAUUAUUAGUUUUACGUCUCAUUCAGGAUUCGAUUCAAUCCCCUCUCUUCUUCCUUUUAUGUGGCCUAGAUUAUCAUCAAAUCAAAACCUAGUGCUUGAAAUUCCUAAUUCUUAUAAAAGCGGAAAAUUAUCUGCUAUGUAGAAACCAUUUUUUCACCCCUCUUAGUUUUCUUUCUCAUUACAACCAAUUUUUUGUAUUUAUCGUUAAUUUUCUGUGAUGGAAUUUUAUUAAACACCAAUUUUAACUAGGAUUAUUUGAUGCCUUUAAAUUUUGAAUAUGUUUUACUUGCUCUGUUUCACCCUCACAAUUUCUUCGAUGUCAUUGUACAUGAAUGAUUGUUUCUCACUCUGCAGGCUGACUGUUGAAAUCAAUAGACAAGGCGGCAAACAAACAAGAUAGAGAGAAAAUGAAGCGAUCCUGUUGGUCGAAGCGAAUGGUUACAAUGGGCAAAAUAAGUAAUUAUUAGACUAACUGACAACAACCCAUGAGAGACGCUAUAAGUAGUCAAUCAUUUUCCCCCUUAGUCUGCAACAACUACUCGUUUCACCGACAGAAUUGCUCUAUUUUCCCUUUGUCUAUUCCUUUGUUUGUAAAUUUUAAUAAUCAGCCUGCUGAUUCCAAACACAUUGGUUAAUUUUUAUUAAGAUUAGCUGUCUUUUGUAAAUUUAUUUUUAUUUUCGUACUUUUAUAAAUUUAUUAUCAGUUAUUAUUCUUGUGUAAAUUUUAUGGUGCAUAAUGAAAUCAUUGUCGUUAUUUAUAUUAUCACUAGUAUUAUCAGUAUGUAUCUCUGUAGUUAGUAUGAUGUAUUAUUUUACAGCCAGCGUUUUAAUCGUGAAACUAAAUUUUAUUCCAUGAGAAAUCGGUCAAGAGCAGAACCUCAUGAAGCAGUUAGGUUGAAUUUUCUCCCUUCAUUUUUCAACGCAUGAACCAGCUGCCUUCAUAUGAGUUUCCUACAUUAUUUUUAAUCAUGUCUUUUGCAUUUUUAGUACUUCUCGACCAAAUCUAAAUCUCUUAAUUAUUUAGGCCAGUUGAAAUUGACAAGACUGCGAGCAAUUCUCUAUUGCAGAAUCAAUACAACUUAAUAAUAUGUAUCUAGAAAACUCCAUCAAACUUAUUCGGGUUUUCAGCUUUUACAUUAUUGAUUUCUGUUAUUCCAUUCUGUUGGCCAAGUUGUUUUAAAUAAAGCUUACGCAAGAAGUAAUCAUGAAAUAUCCUAAUAAUCAAAACACAUCGAAGAGUGGCUGAAUCCUUAAGUUUUGCCCCUUAAUUGUGUGGUAGAUAUUCUUACCCUCCAAGUGCCUCUGGAGUGACUCAAUGAAGUACAGUAAAGACACAUCUACCAAGCGUAGGGCAUCAAUCUAUGUGUAUUGUUAUUUUUUUGGUUAAUUUGAGGAGCAUGAGAAGACCGCUGUUCUUGUAUGCUCUGAAUUUUUUAUUUUUUUCUUUUGGUGGACUAGGGUAUCGCAAGUCGUGAGAAAGUUCUUAAUUCAAUAUUUUUUUUGCAAGAAUUAGUAAUUUUUUACAGAUUUUCUACAGAUUACUGUAUCACAAAUUAUUGAGCAAGGCUUUGAUUUUUUACCAUGUCCUUCUGCAGAAUAUGUUAGAACGUCAAAAGAAGGUUCUCUCUUUCCAUCCAACUUGCCACAGUUGUAAAUUUAGAUUAAUUCAAUCUCACACUCGCAAUUCCUAGUCCAGAGCCUGUUCAAUAAUGCUGUAUUACUGUUUGUACAUAGUGUUAAUAACACAGACUGCCUUUUCUAUUCGAACCCCUGCCUCUCAAUGCUUCGAUUUGGUACAACUUUUGAGUGCCUUCUUACAAUUGAUUGACUUUGUUUUUUUAGUAGAUUUUGAGAGGGGAUCCCCCUUCUUUUACACUUACUUAAGGCCUCCAAGUAUUAAUAUUUAACUUGUUACACUUUUCUCUCUCAAGUCACCCUUUAUUGGUUUCCAAAAGUAUUGGAACAGGUAUUAUUGUAGUUUGUAUAAUUUAUUUAAAAAUAAAACCAGUUUUUUUUU